AUGGCGGAUAUGGCAGGAAACUGGUGUCUCAUUGAGAGCGAUCCUGGUGUUUUUACAGAAUUAAUUAAAGAAUUUGGUGUAAAGGGAGCUCAAGUUGAAGAGAUAUAUAGUCUUGACGAUGAACAAUUUGAAAAUGUAAAACCAAUUCACGGUUUGAUUUUUCUAUUCAAAUGGGUACAAGAUGAUGAACCAUCGGGAAGUAUUGUACAAGAUAGCAGAUUGGAUAAAAUAUUUUUCGCCAAACAGGUCAUUAACAAUGCAUGUGCGACGCAAGCUAUCUUAAGUGUUUUACUGAAUUGUAAACAUACGGACAUAUCUUUGGGACCAAAUUUAGAACAAGUGAAGACGUUUUGUCAAAGUUUUGAUGCCAAUAUGAGAGGUCUUGUUCUAAGUAAUUCAGAUGUAAUCAGAGAAGUUCACAAUUCUUUCGCUAGGCAGACGUUAUUCGAAUACGAUUGUAAACAAUUACUUAAGGACGAAGAUGUAUUUCAUUUUGUAAGUUAUGUACCAAUCGAUGGAAGAUUAUACGAACUGGAUGGAUUAAAAGAUGGGCCGAUUGAUUUGGGACCCUGUUUACCCGGUGAUCAAUGGGUACAAGCAGCCAAACCCACAAUUGAAAAAAGAAUAAAAAAAUACAAUGAGGGAGAAAUACAUUUCAAUUUAAUGGCAUUAGUGAGCGAUAGAAAAAUGCUUUAUGAGAGGCAAAAAAAUUUAACGAGUGAUGCAAAUGAAAUUACUAGAUUACAAGCGCUGAUCGAUGAAGAGAUUUGGAAAUCCAAAAAAUAUAAAAUAGAAAAUAUAAGAAGAAAACAUAAUUAUCUGCCACUGAUAAUGGAAUUACUGAAAAUUUUGGCAAAAGAAGGUAAACUUGUCUCCUUAUAUCAAAAAGCAAAAGAAAGAGCUAUUGAAAAGGAGGCAAAGAAAAAUAAGACAUGAAAUUUGUAAAUUUAUUAA